GGUACGGCGGGCACGCCUGGACGAGACUCGUUGCCGUCCACUGUUCCCGGAUCCACGAAAACGGGACGAAAGGGAGAAGGACAAACAUACUCGCUCGCAAGUCGUAACCGCUCGGCGCGUCGUCAGCAGCGUCAGAGCAGCCCCGUCCUGUUGCAGCCGCACGCCGCCAUGGCCGUCCUGGAGGUGCUCGCCGGGCUGGUGCUGCUGGCCGCGCUGCUGUACUACUACGCCACGGCCACGUUCUCGCACUGGUCGAGCCGCGGGGUGCCGCACCUGCCGCCCGACCCGCUCUUCGGCAACAUCAAGGACAUCGUCCUGUUCCGCGACCUGCACGUCUACGGCUACCAGAAGCUGUACCACCGCUUCGACGGGCUGCCGUACGCCGGCCUCUACCAGAUGCGCACGCCGUCGCUCAUGCUGCGCGACCCGGAGACCAUCAAGCAGUUCCUCGUCAAGGACUUCGGCCACUUCCACGACCGGGGCAUCUUCUGCGACGUGGAGCGCGACCCCAUGAGCGCGACGCUCGUCAACCUGUCGGGCCGGCACUGGCGCAACCUGCGCAACAAGCUGACGCCCAGCUUCAGCGCCGUCAAGCUCAAGAGCAUGACGCCGCUGCUCAACGAGUGCGCCGACGCCCUGGUCGCGCUCGUCGGCGCGGGCCAGGAGGGCCGCGAGCACCAGGUCGAGAUGCGCGAGGUCAUGGCCAAGUUCACGACGGACGUGAUCGGCACGUGCGCCUUCGGCCUGCACUUCAACACGCUCAAGGACCCCGACUCGCAGUUCCGCGAGAUGGGGCGGCGCGUCUUCCUGCCCACCUACAGCCGCACCGCCAUCCACCUGCUGCGCGUCUUCUUCCCCGGCCUGCUCGGCGUGCUGCGCCUGCGCACCGUCAGCAGGGAGAUCACCGACUUCUUCAUCUCGCUCGUGCGGGACGUCAUCGGCUUCCGCGAGCGCAACGGCGAGGUGAGGAACGACUUCAUGCAGCUCCUCAUGCAGCUGCGCCAGCAGGAGCAGCUCGACAAGAGCGACAAGGACAGCAAGGAAGACGCAGUGGUUCUCGACGACCGCCUGCUGACGGCGCAGGUCUUCAUCUUCUUCGUCGCGGGCUUCGAGACGUCAUCGUCCACCAUGUCGUUCUGCGUGUACGAGCUGGCCAUCAACGAGGAGGUGCAGGAAUUGGCGCGACAGGAGGUUGACGCGAUCCUGAGCGAGCUCGACGACGGCCAGCCCAUCACGUACGAGCACGUCGCCAAGAUGACGUACAUCGAGAAGGUGCUGCUCGAAACCAUGCGCAAGUACCCGCCAGUGCCAGGGCUCGUGCGCGUGUGCACCAAGCCUUACACGCUCCCGGGCACAAAGGUGCACAUGAAGGUCGGCGACCAGGUCUUCAUCCCGACCUUCGCCAUCCAGCGCGACCCCAACAUCUUCCCGGAGCCCGACCGUUUCGACCCGGAGCGCUUCAGCGAGGACGGGCGCAAGUCGUGGCACCCCUUCGCCUACCUGCCCUUCGGCGAGGGCCCCAGGAUCUGCAUAGGACUGCGCUUCGCCAUGGUGGAGAUGAAGAUGGGGCUGGCUCGACUGCUGCAGCACUACAAGCUCCUGCCCGCGCCCGGCCUCCCCGUGCCCAUGCGCUUCGACCCCAAGGCCUUCGUCCUCACGGCCGAGGGCGGUAUCAACGUGCGCGUCGUGCCGCGGAGCGCGGCGGCCGGGAGCGCCUCUUGACGUCGGCGUCAGCGGCGCAACCCUUAAGUCAACGACGAGACUGACGAGAGUUCAAAGACUAGUCCCCGGGACACGUAAGGGCAUUAGACUGGUAGAGAGGUGCAGCCAGGGGCACUUGUGUCGCCUCGCACACAUGAAUGUGCUCUCGCACACAUGAAUGUGCUCUUACGGAUGGAUUUGUUUAUAGCUUGUAAAUUAAAUAAGAUGUUUUCGUA